AUGCCUCGGCCUAACGCCUCUCUGCCUCUUUCCCCCGAGGAGCUCGCUCAGGCUGUUGCAGAUCUCGCGGAAUACAUGUCUCCGUCACGAGCGAAAUUCAGCAUUUGUGGUGGUGCCGCGUCUAUGCUUGUUCGAAUGCAAAAUGGCCUUCCUCUUCGCAGCACCGAGGACAUCGACCUAGUUGUUCAACCCACAGCGGGUGUGACGGCCCAGAGCAUCUCAACCUGGCUUUUACAAAACUAUCCCACUGCUUUUGUUGCGAAAAAACAUUAUGGUGUCUCCGUCCCAGCACUUGCGUUUCAUAGAUCUGAUGGAUCUGUUAAACACAUUGAGAUUGAGAUAUUCGACGUCAAUGCCUGGCCCCAAAGACCUCAAUACAACCUUGACAGUCCAGACAACGAUGUAACUAUGGUCUCCAUAUCAGGCGUCCAGGUUCCUGUCUUCAGUGCUCGCUGGCUUCUCCGCGAGAAGAUAAUGACGGCUUUUGACCGGCAGGGAACAAGGAAGGAGCGAUCAGACCUAGACGACGCUUGCGCUCUUCUGGAUACCGUAGAGCCGAGCAGCGUCGACUUGACGAACAAGGAGGCGGCGGUCCGACACCUGAUCGCGAGGAGGCCGGACGUACGCCAGUCAUUGGAGCUCAAAAUCGUUUGUCCAGCCGUUCUGGGGAUGCCAUGGACGUGGAACGAACCGGCUGCGGUGUACUGGCGAUGGGAAAAGGAUCAGUUGCGAUACCUUGACGCGGAUCUUCGACGCCAUAAGUUCAAAUGGGACGAGAUGACACAAGUGUGGUAUUUAACCGCUGGGGGCCAAGAUUGGUUUUACAGCGCGGAGAAUGCAGACAUUGCACUCUGGACUUAA